CACUUCCGCACUUUUACAACAUUACAGGUAAACGACAUGAGAACGUAGCGCCGUCGUCCGACUCGUUCAGGUGAAAUCUCAACGACCGCGUCUUUCGCAUGAAGAACAACAGCGGCGGCCGGCGACCACCCGAACACGAAACAAUAAUUGGCCAUUCGGCUUACAUGUCAGCGUUAACACCACCGAGUCAGCCACUGUCGCCAUGUGUACGCGGUACCAGUCGUGACCCAGUAACGCCGUGACGGGUUGCCAGGCCGAUUGAUGUGCUCGACAAUGUCCUCGAACUCCAACAGAAUCAUACAGCCGAGAAACCUGGCGUCCAUACUGAUGAAGCUGCACGGCGCGUUCGCCGAGGCCAUCACGUCGCCGAAAGCGGCCAUCGACAAGCGCACCUUGGAGAAAACAUGGAAGCUCAUGGACAAAGUCGUGAAGCUCUGCCAACAUUCCAAGAUGAACCUGAAGAACUCACCGCCGUUCAUACUCGACAUACUGCCCGACACGUACCAGCGCCUUCGGUUCAUAUACGCCCAGUACGAGAACGACUUGUCCGACCUGUACAACAACGAACAUUUCACCGUGUUCAUACUGAACGUGAUACGCAAGUGCAAGCAGGCCAUAAAACUGUUCAAAGAAGGCAAGGAGAAAAUGUACGACGAAAACUCACAUUACAGGCGAAACUUGACAAAGCUGAGCCUGGUGUUUAGCCAUAUGCUCAGCGAACUCAAAGCAAUAUUCCCAAAUCAUCGUUUUGCGGGUGACAAAUUCAGAAUCACAAAAAGCGAUGCCGCCGAUUUUUGGAGACACAAUUUUGGAAUGAGUACUGUCGUUCCAUGGAAAAUAUUUCGAAGUGCUCUUCAUGAGGUUCAUCCAAUCGUAAGUGGCCUCGAAGCAAUGGCACUCAAGUCAACAAUAGACUUGACUUGCAAUGACUACAUAUCAAAUUUUGAAUUUGAUGUUUUUACUAGAUUAUUUCAACCUUGGCCAACGUUGCUAAGAAACUGGAAGAUAUUAGCCGUAACUCAUCCCGGAUAUGUAGCAUUUUUGACGUACGAUGAAGUAAAAGCUCGUUUAGAAAAAUUCAUAACCAGACCAGGAAGCUAUGUGUUUCGUUUGAGUUGUACAAGAUUAGGACAAUGGGCUAUAGGAUAUGUGACAACCGAGGGUGAAAUUUUACAAACCAUUCCUCAAAACAAGUCUUUGUGUCAAGCAUUGUUAGACGGAGCUCGGGAAGGAUUUUAUCUUUAUCCAGAUGGGCAAAAAGGAAAUCCAGACUUAUCAAACGCUGUUGAACAGAGCCCAGAAAAUCAUAUCAGAGUAACACACGAGCAGUACGAAAUGUAUUGCGAAAUGGGUUCCACUUUUCAAAUUUGCAAAAUAUGCACAGAAAACGAUAAGGACGUUCGAAUUGAACCUUGCGGUCAUCUUUUAUGCACACCUUGCCUUAACUCUUGGAUGGAGUCCGACGGCCAAGGUUGUCCGUAUUGCCGAGCUGAAAUCAAAGGUACCGAGCACGUCGUAGUUGAUCCUUUUGAUCCUAAACGAAUCAAGUACAAAACCGUUCCAAUUAUGCCGAUUGUACAGCAACAUUCGGAUGAUGACGAUGACGACGAAGAAGAUGAUGAAAUCAAAUAAUAAUCGCAAUAGUGAUACCAAUUUUUUAGUUGAAAAAAAAAACAAACAUACACAUUAUAAAAAGUUAAUUUACUGUGAUAGGCGUUGAUAGGAAAAAUUCUCUUAAAGUUUGUUCGUCUGUCGGGGAACGACUUUUGAAUCAACGGCCCAUAUUAUCAAUUUUCUUGUGAUAACGUCGACAAUUUCUAAUGGGUGAUAUUGACAAGCUCUUGAGUAGGUAAUUUUUUUUCAUAUUAAGUCGAACGACAGCAUAAGUUAUUCAAGACUUAUAUAUAAUAUGGUCAUUAAAUUAAUUUAAUUUUUUUUAUUUUUAUACUGCCUAUAAAUCAUUCCUCCAUUUUGUUUCUAAUUUUUUCAUCGGUAUUUCAGUAUUACAAAAAGAAAAAAAAAGCCUACAUUCUUGAGAGACGCGUAAUGAAUUUAUCUGUCAUCGACAAACUAAAAGUAAUUCGUGUUUGCGUGACAUAUUUACAUAGUAUUCAUGUGUUUUGUUGGUUUGAUGUGUGUAUGUGUAUAUGUAUAAAUAUAUAUAUUUUUAUUAAAAUUAUCAUAUAUAAAUCUUUUUGGGAAUGAGGAUAAUGUAUUUUGUUUAUUAAUUCAUACAGGGUCAAUCGGGAGUUGUGUUAUAUUUUCGUUGAAAACACGAUCAACAAAAAUCUAAUUGUAUAACGUAGUAUAAUAUGUAUACCAUCACACCGCGGUAGAAGUUAAUUUCUAGUCUCCAUUCAAUCUAGUCUAGCUAAGAACACUUCAUUGGUUUUUUUUUUUUAUUCUUUAUUGCUACACUCUAUUUUUUUAUAUUAUUAUUAUUAAAAUAUCAUUCGAGAGCUGAACAUUUUCGUCCCCUCCACUCUUAACUCAUUUAAUAUACUAUGAUCAUAUGGAUAUAAUUAGUAUUUUUUUUCUACACGCUUUAUUUUUCCCCGUUAGAAAUAUCAAUCGGCAAUCGUUUAGUAAGUUAAUGUGCGUUUAGUAGUAACAUAUAUAAUAACAAUCAUUAUUUAUUGUGUAAUGAGCGUAGGACAAUAGUUAGCUGUAGUCUGUUUAAUUAAAAUUAGUUGAUAGUGUUUUCUCUGACUCUUUAUUUUUUAAGGGGCAAUAAGCUACAUAAAAUGCGAGUAUACCGAAUGUAAUAUUAUGUAUUUAAAUUUAAAUAUAAUUAAAAAUUGUAUGUGAUUAUAUUAUUUUACUGGACAGUAUUAUUUCAUAUCCAACAAUAAAGUGAAACAUUGUUUUGUUAACAACGACUAGGGUUUUUUCGAUGUACAAAUAAAGCAUAAGUGGUAUACUAUGUGGUUUAAAAAUAUUAAUUUUGAAUUCUUACUUGUCGAUGAAAUUACGUGUACGAUAAGAGAAAGCGUCAAUAACUGUGUAUGUAUUGUAAACUUAAAUAAUAAAGUUAGAGGCCUUAAACUAUUUCAUUGUUACAGGGUUAUGUUAUAUGCGCAAUAAAGUACAUAUAUAUAUAUAUUUAUUUUUAUUAAACUAGCGUUAAAAUAUCAAUCGUAAUUAAAAAAAAUUGUUGUUUAUAUUAUUUACCUAUAUAUAAAUAUAUAUUUAUAACUAUCUACUAUAUAUAUAUAUUUUUUUUUAUGACUAAACGGUUAUUAUGUGAAUUCACUCGAGCGAUUGUUUUAGCUUUGACAACCAUUCAUCGUAAAUGUAAUUAAGCAAUAAUACCAUCGGAGGAUUGGUGUGCAUUAUAUUGUGUGUGACAUAUUAUUUUAUUUUAGUAUUUGUAUUAAUUAUUAUUUAUUAUUAUAAUUAUUUUAAUUGUAUUAUAUUUUUUAACGUGUAAAAACAAAUAAAUAUAUUAUUAUUUAUAUUUUUUUGUAUUUGUUGUAAAUAAAUCAAAUUUAAGUUUCGGUGAAUA